AUGAGAAACAUGCGUGUGGAAGACGGACGGAUUGUUAGUCUUGGUUUUGAACCCAUUUCUAAAACCAAGCCUCCAUCGCAAGGACGGUAAGUAACUGGUGAAUAGGCCUAUACUAGAGCAAUGAUUUAUUCAAUAUCUCCCGUAGAUAACCUGUUAAAUGUGAUUUUUCAAAUACCAAUAAAAUGCUGCAUUUGUUGUUUGCGUUUUGAUUGUGUUUAUAAGAAGGGACUAGUGUCUACAUAGCCCGUGCGUAAAAAUGCGUUCCAAAUGUUCCAAGAUCACAAUACAUCAUCAUCACUUCUAUCGUAACCUAGUUGCCUUUCUCUGAACUUGGACAAGGCGAGGUUUAUGCGUGAACAUCGGACUGGCUUAUUUUAUGGAUUUAAACAAGUGUCAACUGAUUUACACAAUAACUCAAAAGAUAGGCUAUAAAAAACCUAUAUAGAUACCGGAACGUUUUCUUAUUGAAUGGUUUCUUUCUUGUGCUUAGCCUAGGUAGAUGUGUACAGUAAUUGAGAGGUGCCAAUUCAAUUGACACAAUUGGUGUACUUGUAGCCUAAUGUAGCCCAUCCCACGGAGGGAAGAUACAUAGUUACAGUAAUGACAUGUAAUAAACAUGUUCAAUAGGCCGACUGUACUGUUUCUAGGGAAAAUGACGCGAUGAUUAGCCAAUCAUCACAAAGAGCUGAGUAAUCGCCCCUAAACAUGUUGUGCCAGGCUUCAUCCAAAAAUGCAUGUAUUGUAUGAAUGAAACUGUACACCCAAUCCGUUCUCUCUGCGCAGCAUAUACCUGUCCAGCCUGUUUCAAAGAUUUGUGAAAGGUCGCUCAGCGAGUCACGGGCAUUGGUAGGUAGGUCUAUUACGAGUGUGGUGUUGGAUGUCACUUUGGAACAGUUCAACACGCUACUACGCCCCAACGACUGGAACGGAGCUCCGUCCUGUCUUCACUCCACAAGUGUAGCUUGGUCUCGCCACUUGCGCUCUGGCAAAGGGAUUUAUAAGAUUCAGUCGGACACACUUGUUUCUUUACGCUAGAACGUGACUGAAAAGUAAGGCUGUCAACAACAAUAACAAGAGCACUCUCCGUUUCUUUGCUUGUCCACGGUUAAUGAAGGCAUAACAACCGGGUAAAACAGAAGAUUUCUCCGCGUUCGACCAUGAAAGUGGCACGGAUAUUUGUGGCCAGAUGCUGCGCUCCUUCACAUUAGCACGCCGCCGGCUGACUAAAUGUAAGAUCCCUCUUUGUUAAUUUAGGGAGACCUGUAUUUGUGUGUAGAUAUAACCUAGCUACAAGCCCAUAUAACUUAUACACUACGGGACUUAAUGUAGGCUAGAUUGAGCUGAUGUUGGAAUCAGUGAUGAGACAGCGAUCCUCGUUUCAAUGAACAGCGAUAGGCGACUUUGUAGCCAAAUCAAAAUUAACAAAGUCUAGCCUGGUUCCGGAUGUAAACACAACGUCGCGCCUUCCUUUUUUCACCGAAUCCCGACAUGGUUGCUAACAAAGGGGCAUUUUCUAACUUCUCUUUCCAGGGCCACCAUGCUCCUUGCGUCCGCUGUGGUCGUGUGGGAAUGGCUCAACGAACACGGGCGGUGGCGGCCCUACAGCCCGGCCGUCUCCCACCACAUCGAGGCGGUGAUACGAAGCGAUCCCCGUGGUGGGAGCGUCGUGCUAGGCCAAGUCGACAACCGCCUCUCGCCCUACAUCCUAGACCUGCAGUCGAUGCACCAGUUCAGGCAGGACACAGGUAAGAAGACGAGAGGUGGGAAUGGCUGUUGUUGUUGUUGUGGGGAUGCUGUUGUCAUGUCGUUAGGCUACUGGUGUUGUUGGUGUAAGAAGGCAGUUGGAUGUAUGUAGGUGCAGAACUUUUGUGAAACAUCACAGCACAGUUGAAAAUGUAUGGCAAAUUAAAAAUCAAAACUGGAUGGUCUUAAGAGAUAGAUGGGAAACCAUGUGUUUGAUGUGUUUGAUACCAUUCCACCUUAUUCUGCUCCAGCCAUUACCACGAGCCCAUCCUCCCCAAUUAAGGUGCCACCAACCUCCUGUGAUGUCCAGUGAGUGUCUGUCUGUGUCUUAGUCGGUCUGGAAUGGAUACAUUGUGACAGACAAAAGUCAUAUCAGAAUUCUUAGUUCUACAUAGGCCUUUUUGACAUCUUAGGCCCAGUUGUCAGCAUGUUCUGGUUUUUACUUCAUGUUAUUGCACAGCGUCAUACAAUUCUGUUUGUUUUGCAUGUGGUUCAACUGAUAGAUAGUGACUGCUUUGCCACUGGAGUGGCGCUUAGGGCUCACAGGUUGGUUCCAUUCCGUCAUAGAAUGAGAAUUAAGAAUGAAUUACAAUCAGUUCCAUAUUCCAAGAGCCUGGCUGGGUCCCUGACUUUAACCCUCCGCUUGCCUGUCAGACAGAAUGGGGUGGAAGUGUGAUGACCUAGAACAGCUGUACCUCACGGUGCCUUGGCCUCUCUUGCGAGAGACAUUCUUCCCCCCCAUACUCCCCGAAUCUAACGCCCGCAGCUGCCGUGUGGAGACGGACAAUUGGGUGGGAUAAGCAGAGGGAGCGAGAAAGAAAUGGCACCCUAUAGUCAAAAGUAGUGCACUACAUAGGGAAUAGGGUGCCCUUUGUGACAGAUCCAGAGCGUAAGGGGAAAGCAGAGAGAAUGUGAUAUUUCAAGGCUUAAUCAGCAGAGAAUCUGAGAAUCCGCCUUCGGCAGCCCCCCCCCCCGUAGAGUCUCAGCCACACUGUCUCCUAAUGAUUUCUUUAGUCUUGUCUUUAGUUUUGUCAAUAGGCCAGAUCUCUAGGGACUAGCGGCGUCAGAACCUCGGUACGUGGGAGAGAUAGAUGGAAGGAGGUAUAGAAAGAGAGAGAGGGAGGGAGAGGGAAGCCCGUCUCUCUCUCUCUCUCUCUCUCUCUCUGUCUCUCUCUCUCUCUCUCUCUCUCUCUCUCUCUCUCUCUUUGUUGAAGUUGAGGGAACAGAUGUUGGCUCCUCUAUUGUGGAGUAG